AUGUCGAAUUUCAACACGGAUAGUAGCGUUGCUAUUGAUCAGGAUUUUUACGAGAGUAGCUACAGCUAUGUUGACCAGAAAGAGCAGCCCUAUGGUGGAUACAGCUACGGUCAACAGUAUCCAGAUUAUGGACAAACAGCCCAACAGGUACCGACCUUCAAUUCCUAUCCUUCUGCAUCGCAUACCCAAGGGUUUUACGACUCGUCGUCGUAUGACUAUGGAGGGAACUAUUCUUACGAUUACGGAGCUUCGGGACCCACGACUAUGAGUUCAAGUGGAAGGGGAGGCUACGGAAUGGAAGGAUCGAUGAAACCGCGACAGACAAGCGAAGACUACACGAGUUUUGAAGACGAACCUCCACUUCUGGAAGGUACAAAUACGUGGCACAUGUGACGAUGUAAUUCAGCAUCUUUAAAAUUCAUUUCGUUACUAGGGAAAAAGUUGAAAUAAGAGUACUGCUCUCGGUAUUUUUGCUGAAUUUUGGACGAUACGUUCUGUUUUAAACGGCAUUCAGUUCAUCUAUUUUUGGUUUCUGGCCAAGGUUUUUAGUUUGGCUGCAGAACGUGACAGAUUGUCUUUUGAAGUACAAGUAUUUUUAAUGAGCUCUCGUGUUGUCUGAAUCAGUAACGCAAGCCACAUCUUUUAAGAAAACGAAAUCAAAGAAACAAUUAUUUAAAACAGGAACACGCAAACAUCCGACAAAUAAAUCUGACUGGAAGCACUUUACAUGUUUUGAAUCUUAAUAAAAGCCCCUUUCUUUCAACAGAACUCGGAAUCAAUUUUGAACAUAUCUGGCUAAAGGUUAGUUUUUUGCUUAUUGUCAGUGAAGAUAAACUGCUGUGUUUUAUUUUUAUAAAACAACAAUGACUUAAGGCUGGUACCUUACAAUAAUGCAGAUUGUAUGUUGUCAAGGUAUUGCUUUGUCAUGUGUGUACAUGUACCUGUCCUGUUCUUGUACAUAAUGCAUGGGUCUAACAAAUUUGGGUCUAAAUUUAAUUCCUUUCGGAGCAGGUGCAAAAAUGAGGAUAUCGCCAUAAUAAUGCUUUCAAUAAAUCAAAUGGCAGUUAUUUUUUGUGAGAUCCAUAAUGUACAGUAUGCUGCUGAGGUGUCAGAUGAUGUUCUUUUACUUGCAAAUUAAAGUUCUUGUUUAUAAGGUAACUGAACAUCUCAGUUUCAAGUUUACCACAAAAGUUUUGUUAUGGCAUAGUUCACCCCACAGUCUCUUUGACUCGUUGAUAGAACAUCAGAGCACAGAAUCUGGAGGCCUGGGAAUCAAAACUUUUUCCUUUGUCCCACUCCUGAUGAGACCAAAGAUGGCCAUCUUUCUCAGUGUUAUAUUUAUUUGACUUUUAUUAUCUCCUAUUAAGGCAUUGAAUACAGGACAAAGCAGAAUAAAAAUCAAACUUUCUAAAAAAAAAAUUGCAUGUAAAUUUAGAAAAAAAAUAUGUAAUUAUUCUUUUACUAGUCAUGUGAGAUUAUGAAAAUUUGUGCCAAGGUUAUUAAUAGUUCUUUUUGAGUAAUUGAAUUUUUAAUAGCCAUUAAAUCUCACUUUGCCCUCAUUUUCAAUUUUACAGACCCUAUCUGUUUUAAACCCAUUGCAACACACAGAAGCCAACAUCAUGGAUGAUACAGAUCUUGCAGGUCCACUGGUGUUUUGCUUGGCAUUUGGUGGAUGUCUUCUAUUGGUAAGGAAAAAUAGUUGCUUAUGAUCUAAUGCAUAACAGAGCAGAACAAUUUUCUGUUAACUCUUUAAACCCUAAGAAUGACUAGUUUCUAUUUUCUCCCUACAACAAUACCCCUGAGUCACACAUUAAGGUCAAGGGAGAAUAAAGGAAAUGAUCACCAACGAAAGAAGCUUUUGAUCAGUAAACAAAUUCUCCUUGUCAGCACCUUAGGAAGUGUAUAAAGAACAGUAAGGAGAAUAUGGAUACUGAUGUUAGGGUGUAAAGGGUUAAGUGUAGAAGGUAAUCCAGGACUGCACUGAUUUUGAUUUGCUGCCUUUCAAACUCGUUUCAUGCAUGCAUCAGAUUGGUUGAGAGAAUGAAGCAAGAUUUUUGCACUGAUCAAGGAAGGUAAGGAAGUAAAACCAGUGCAGUUCUGAGUUACUUUUGACUCUCAUUUGAAAAUGAAUGUCUGAGAAAAAACUCAGACUAUCAGAGAUUUUACUGUUCCUUGACCAUCCCAGAUUUUGCUGAUAUAUAUGGAGAUCACCAGAUAUUUGUUUUGAUGGAUUACAGACACCAUUUAAUUUGUGACUGGGGAUACUGGAACCAGUAAGAUGAUUGAUAGGGAGCCUAAACUAUUUUUGAUGUCCCCAAUAGUAAAAAUACAAGUUUUCAAUUAUCUUCAAUAGAUGCCAAUCAUCACAGAAAUCUGGGAGGAGCGGGGGAAUUAGAAUCGCUUCUAAUUUUCUUGAUUUGUAGCUGACCAUCCCAGACAAUUGGACUGAUGUCUACAAUGUCAGGUUUUCCUUAGUGUGAAAACCCUGAGCUGUCAGGAAACAGUGAGAGCCUUGAUCAUCUUGGAUUUUCUUGACACAUGGACACCAGUGACACAUAAUUGAAAAUUAUUCUAGACUGAAUAUUAUGUUUCCAAACAUAUAUUAAGAGAAUCUUUCAGGUAAAAAUUAAUCUCUUGCAUCUCUUUCAGUCUGGCAAAGUACAUGGGUUUGGCUACAUAUAUGGAGUUGGUCUGCUUGGCUGCCUUGCUAUGUAUGCCAUUCUGAAUCUGAUGAGCAUGACUGGAGUUGAUUUUGGCUGUGUUAUUAGUGUUCUUGGAUAUUGUCUUCUACCUAUGGUCAUUUUGUCCUGUAUCUCAAUUCUUCUUUCAUUACAGUAAGUGCUUCUUGAAUGCUAUACUUUUCUUUAAGAUACCGUACACUAGUUAAUAAUUGUGGUAAUAAUAGUUUCUUUCAAAACAAUACACAAUAUUAUAAUUGCCCUACUGGUAGCAUGACUUUUUAAUUUAAUGUUGUGUUAAUUGAUGUAGAUAGAGCUGAGCUGUUAAAAAUUAUCUGUUUUGCUUUUGGUUUUACAUAUGAUAAAUGUUUCUUUUUUUCUUUUUGCUGGACCAGUGUGAACAAAAUGUACAUUAUGUUUGCCACAGCUGUUAGAGCACAAUUACAAAUCAAAGCUAAAACCUGAGACCUUUCACAGACUUACACCCAUUAUAUCACAGUGGCAUUUACUAAAACCUUAAACAGGUCCUGGAAUGUGUUGGGAAGGGAGGGAGGCUAAUUGGGUAGUGGGGGAGGGGCUCAUUAUAUGCCAAACCAAGCACACAUACCCCUUACUUAAAUUUCCCAAAAUGGUAUUUGUAAAGAUAGUCUGCCUAGGACAGCUUCUCAAUAAUCUUAACAGUUUCAAGUGUGUUAAUUGUCAAUUUUUAAGGAGAAUGAGAAAGCAUCUGUUUGUUCAUCAAGCAUGAUCCUAAAAAAUUAUUUAUUUGAGGGUACAGCCCCCCUGCCCUCCUUCUCUGCAGUGCAUACUCCAGCAAAGAUUGGCAUCAACUUAGCCCUAAUUGUAUAAUUAUUUAAACAAUAAUUGUCUAAUACCUUUGAAUUGUCCUUUCCUAGGGGAAUCCUUGGCACUCUCUUGACAGCAACGACGAUAGGUUGGUGCAGUUUGUCAGCAUCAAAGCUGUUUGUGACAGUGCUUGCCAUGGAUGCUCAGCAACUACUUGUUGCUUAUCCUUGUGCUCUGCUGUACGGUGUGUUUGCACUUCUGACAGUUUUUUAGCAGCAAAAAAACCCACCCACUGGACCAUGAUCAAAUUUGUUGUUCUGCAUCAGUAGUUGGAAGAAAGGAUGGUGAAUUGCAACCAUAAGACUGGAGCGCCAUCGUUGGGGAGGUUAUAAUUUAUUGUUUAAUAGGGUUUAUCAUAGGCCCAUAUACACAUCCACUUCUUGGUGUUUCUGGCCCCAACUUGAAGCAACAAGGAAUGAAUGAUUCAGAAGGCUGGCAUGUCAUGAGCAGAAGCGAUUUAUUGAUAGUUUUGCUACAAAUUUAAACCGGGUAUUACUACUGGCGUCUAUUUGUGUAUAAAUUAACUUUGGCGGGGUAAAAAAGUGUUGUCAUGAAUUUAACUUUUUUCAUAAGGCAUACUCUGAUGUACUUACGCACAAUUGCAGCAUUCUUUCUGCCAACAAACCUAAGAGGAGGCGUGCGGCAUUCACUUGAUCUUUUCAUGUUUCGUACAUUUUAGCAGGAUAAAAAUCAAACAAUGUAGCAGACAAAUAUACCCCGUCCACAAUUUUUGUUGGGAAAAAGCAGUCACUGUUAUCAAUAGCUGGAAAAGAUUGGCUAGGUUGUAUAACUUUGAAAUAAGGAGUUUGCCAUUGGUUUGCCCUCUUUCUAACAUAGUUAUACCUGAUAAAGAGAGACUUAAAACAGUGGACAAAAGAUACAAGAGAGAAAGGAGUUCUCUUGCAGUACUGUGUAUUGUGUAAACUGAAAAAUUUGCGAAGGUUUCUUUCUGCGCGGACUAUCCGCAAAAAUUGAAACCCGCAGAAUUUUCAUAGAACACAACUAGUGUAUUUCUUUACUAAAUAACUCAGUUAUUAAAAAGUUAAUUCUCGUGAUUUGAUUCGCGUUGUAAAAAGGAUGUUGUGAAU